GAAGAGGGCGGAGCUGCAUGUUUGAAAGUGGCGGGCAGGAACAACACUUUGGUCUAAAAACACAACUAAGGGAUCGCAGAUAAACCAACUGUCAUUUUAAGCGUUUUAAAACAGCAAGCGGCCGCGUUGUCGUGUCUUGUUUUCGCUGCUACACGCCGCCAGAGCGACUUACCGGAUGCAGCUUUGGCCUUAAAUCCUGGUGGAAAGUUCAAAAGAUUUCUCACCAUAAAAAGACGCUGAUGGUUUGGAGAGCUAGUGUCAGUAUUAUCUAAAGAUCAGCUCCCGACUGGAAUCGUGCACCAUGACGGAUGAAGAUGCCAAGGUGAUCCCGGUGCGCGUCGCCUUGAGAUGCCGCCCGCUGGUGCCGAAAGAAAUCAACGAGGGCUGUCAGUCCUGCCUCACCUUUGUUCCCGGUGAGCAGCAGGUGAUUGUUGGCACAGAAAAAGCAUUCACAUAUGAUUACGUGUUCGAGCCCACGGCCGAACAAGAGGAAGUGUUCAGCACUGUUAUCUCGCCUCUACUGCGCGGCCUUUUCAAAGGUUACCAUGCCACAGUUUUGGCAUAUGGACAGACAGGAUCAGGAAAGACGUACUCGAUGGGAGGAGCGUACACAUCAGCCCAGGAGAGCGACCCUUCUGUCGGGGUUAUUCCCCGAGUCAUCAGGAGGAUCUUUGAGGAGCGGGAGAAGAAAGCAGACUCUGAAUUCUGUCUGGCUGUUUCUUACCUGGAGAUAUAUAAUGAAGACAUUUUAGAUUUGCUGUCCUCUUCUAAAGAUAGAUCCGCCCUUAGCAUUCGGGAGGACCCUAAAGAAGGCAUUAAGAUUGUUGGGCUGACUGAGAGGCAGGUAUUAUCUGCCCAAGAGAUGGUGAAAUGUCUGGAGCUGGGAAACUUGGCGCGUACGGUUGGGUCCACAGCGAUGAAUGCAGCCUCUUCUCGUUCCCAUGCCAUUUUCACCAUCACCCUGGAGCAGCGCAGAGGAUCAGACAAAGUGAAUUCAAUAGUUUCAAAGCUGCACCUCGUGGAUCUGGCCGGUUCAGAGCGACAGAAGAAAACCAAAGCUGAGGGAGACCGAUUAAAAGAAGGAAUCAGCAUCAACCGUGGCCUCUUGUCUCUGGGUAACGUGAUCAGUGCUCUGGGGGAUGAAAACAAAAAAAACACCUUUGUUCCUUACAGAGACUCCAAACUCACACGUCUGCUACAGGAUUCUCUUGGAGGAAAUAGCCACACCGUGAUGAUCGCAUGCGUCAGUCCCGCAGACUCUAACAUGGAGGAAACCAUCAACACGCUGCGAUACGCCGACAGAGCGCGCAAGAUUAAAAACAAACCCAUUGUUAACAUCGACCCCAGAGCUGCAGAAAUGGGCCGACUGAAAAAGCAGGUUCAGGAGCUGCAGGUGAUGCUUCUGCACGCGCGAGGAGGAGUAGCUCCUGUGCUCUCUGGGCCUAGUUCGGCCGAGGAUGUCGGCAAGCUUCUGGAGAGGAACCGCGCCCUGCAGGACGAGAACAGCAAGCUGUGCCGCGAGCUGGGGGAGGCAGCAGGACAGACGGCCCUCAUGUUUGAGAAGAUCAUUAUGACGGAACAAGCAAACGAGAAACUACAAAGCAAACUGGAGCAACUUCAGCACCACGCAGCCUGUACGAUCGAUCUUCAGAGAGUGAUGCAGACGCUGGAGGACCAGGAGCUGAAGGAGAACGUGGAAGUGAUGAAGAACUUACAGGAGCUCAUCUUGCAGCUGAAGAAUGAGAGUGCCGGCAUCUCUGCCUCCAUCGACGCCAUGUCUGCGAGAGAUGAAGUGUCUGAGGGGGCUGGGAGUAGCAGCGAAACCGGACCCGAGCAGACCCCAUCAGAUUCCCCAGAGGGUUUUACGGCCAACCACGCUCUCAGGCAGGCCCAGCUUUCCAAAGAGCUCAUAGAGCUGAACAAAGUGUUGAGCUUGAAGGAAGCUUAUAUGAAGAAGAUGUGCGAGAACGACAGCCAGCUGGAGCCCAUGCAGUCAGAGCACCAGAAAAAUGUCCAAACUCUGCAGUCGGUGGUGGAUUCUUUGCAAAAGGAGAAAGAGGAGCUGGUUUUAGCGCUCCAGUCGGCAAAGAAAGACACCAACCAGGCCAAGCUCAGCGAGCAGCGGAGGAAGCGACUACAGGAGCUGGAAUCUCAGCUUGUGGAAAUGAAGAAGAAGCUUUUCGAUCAAUCCAAACUGCUGAAACUGAAGGAAUCCUCUGUUCAGAAAGCCAGCAAGCUUAUGCAGGAGAUCCAGGCUAUGAAGACGCAGCGAACGCAGCUGAUGAGGCAGAUGAGGGAGGAUGCUGAGAAAUACAGACUGUGGAAGAACAAGAAGGACAGGGAGGUCCUGCAGCUCAAGGAAAAGGACCGUAAGCGGCAGUACGAGUUGCUGAAACUGGAAAGAGAUUUCCAGAAACAAGCCAAUAUCCUGCGGCGCAAAACCGAAGAGGCGGCCGCCGCCAACAAGAGACUGAAAGAUGCCCUGCAGAAGAGAAGCGAAGCGGCAGAGAAGCGGAAAGACGCCCACAACAGGGGCAUAGAGGGGGCGUCUGCGCGGGUGAAGACCUGGCUGCUGAAUGAGGUGGAGGUGAUGGUGAGCACGGAGGAGGCCCGGCGCCACCUCAACGAUCUGCUGGAGGACAGGAAGGUCCUGGCUCAGGAGAUCAACAACCUCAAGCAGCAGAUGGAGGCCGGGGAGACGCCCGCUCCUAAAAUCAGACGUCGGACCCUGAUCAUCUCCGAGCUGGAGAGCCAGGGGGCGCUGGAGACCCCUCUGUCCAAACAGGUGGAGAACCUGGAAACGGAGAUGGGCCUCAGGAACGCCCAGAUAGCGGACCUGCAGCAGAAAGUGAUAGUGGCUGACGGCGAGGGCCGCUUGAAACAACGAAUCGACGGCCUCACCAGCAUCGUGGAUGCCAAGAGCGCAGUCCGGGUUCUGAUGGCCGAGUUGGUAUCGGCUAAAACGGCCUGCUCCAAGCUGGAGAGCGAGCUGAAAGAGGAAAAAGAAAAGGCCCAAGACUUGAGGAAGAUGAUGGUGGACGAGAGAAACGUGAUGUCCACCAUGGACAUGGAGCAUCAGCAGCAGCUGGUGGAGCUGGAGCAGAGGCAUCAACAGAAGGUUCUUUACCUCCUCAACCAGCUGCAGAACAAACCCAUAUGCGAGGAGUCGGAGGAAACCAAGCAGAAAGAGGAGUCGAGAUCAAAAGAGAGGGAGCUUCUCCAGCGCCUCAAAGUCCAGGAGGAAGAGCUUGAAAAACUACGGAGUUUAAGUGAACAGAACCAGAAUCUGAUGGAGCAGAAUGAGCAAUACAGACAGAAGCUCUUGUUUCUCCAGUUGGCAAGUGAGAAGAAAGUUCUUGUGCCAUCGGUCAAAAAUGAAAUGAACCCAGAUGACUCGUUCGAAUACGUUCCUCCAAAACUCAAACUGAAGAAGGCCACCACUGCUAAAGCAGCUCUGAAUACAACCAUCAGCGUCACAGAACUGCUGUCAUCCGGCGAGGACGAGAACGAGGGGGAAGCGGACGAGUGGCUUCCUGAGAAACCUGAGAAGGGACGGAGAGUCUCAAGAAAACCCAAAUCAACUGGGUGUGCGUGCAAAGGUCGCUGCAGCAACAAGCAGUGCCGGUGUCGCAAAGGGAAGAUGACCUGCGGAGAGAACUGCCAGUGUGAUCAAGAGAAGUGUCGAAACAUGGAUAACCAGGUGAAAGCCGAGGAUGGCGGUGGCGCAGACGGUGCUUCAAGAGACUCUGCAUCUCUGCAGGACCCGUCCUGUGACAGCCCGGAAAACUGCACCUUCUUCAAGCCUCCAUCCUGCACCCCCACAAAGAAGGUGCUGAAGGAAAUUGGAGACAUGGGCCACAGCACUACAGAGCUAAAGUUGGCCAGGAAACCCGACUCUACUGAGGACGACAAGGACGAGGAGGACAGGACAACAGUCAGCCUCCUCAGAAAAAAGAAGCGCCUCCUGACCAGUUUUCAGAACAGUUUCCUCUCAGCCUGCACCCCCAUCAGGGAGGAAUCCUAAUCCGGCCGACGUCUGUUAGGGAUUUCUUUCUUCAGCCGUCAGGGCGUUUGUUUUUGUCAGAGCUUUUCAUUGUCUGUCUUUUUUUUAUGUGACUAGAAUGUCAUGUACUGUAAUAUCAAGGUAACUAUAGAUUUAAAUUGGUGUCUGUGUUCCUAGAGCGUUACUAAUGCAUUUUGGGGAGCUUUGACACAUUUACUGGAAUUCACAGAGAGGAUCAAGAAAGCCUGUACAGAACUUUUCUUUCCUUCAGUAAUAUUGAAGAUCAACUGAAACACUGGGAGCGGUCUCCGAUGUUCUUUUAGUAUUGAGCUAAUAAAGUCUUAAAAAUCACAUCUAGAUUUAACAAAAACAGUCUCUUUUAUUUUAUUUGUCAAGAAAUAUUAAAUACCUAAGCAUUGAUGAAGAAUUUUUUUAGCUAAUUUCUAUGACAUUUGAUUUUAGGUCCACUUUCUCUGUGGUUUUGAGGGUGUUAUGUAGCGGAGUCUGUUUUUCAAUUCACCAAUUUUUAUAAAAAUUCAACAUUUGAUGUAAACUCAUUUGUCCCACCAAAAGCUAAACCUAUUUUAGAUUCUCUUUCUUUUUAGGUGAGUUUAUGAGUCCGUCAGCUGAUAUGUCACUGCCACUUUACCUCUAUUGUAUUCAGAUUUGUCUAACAUUUUUGUCAGCUCUUCAAGAAGUCUUGUGUUUUAGUUGAUGAAAGCCUGAACUUUCCAGUUAUUCUUUCCUUGGAGUCCAUCUGGCAGAACAGGAAGCUCAGCGUCAGUAUUACUUGAAACGCCAUUAAUCUCAUCACCGAUCUGUAGGAUAAUGUUUGUUUGUUUUUAUCUCAGAUGAAUAAAAUUGUAAUGUUCACAAA